CUUUAAUCGGCUUAAACUUUUUCUUUACUUGUUUAAGAGUGAUUUACUCUUUCAAAGGCAGGUGUAAUGGGAUUUCCUCAGCCAUUCCAUUCAGUAGUAUUGACUGUGGUGUUAAUAAUAGCAGGAUCUACAAAUUAUGGUGGUGUGGCAGCUCAGUCUACAGGAUGUGCAACAUCUAUGGCAACACUUUCUCCUUGCGUAGGGUAUAUUACAAGCAAUGUCACCACUUCACCUCCACCACAGAGCUGCUGCACUGCAUUAUCUUCAGUAGUGCAAACCAGCGCAGUCUGUCUGUGUCAGCUGUUCAUCACCAGCAAUGCUUUUGGCAUCCCCAUUAAUCAAACACAGGCUCUCGCUCUUCCAGGAGCCUGCAAAAUCAGCACUCCAGCUCUCACCCGUUGUAAAGUUCCAAAUGCACCGGCCCCCACUUCACAAUCACCAUGAUUACUUCCUCCCACAACUCCUGUUGGAGUAAUUUCUCCAGCAGCUCGAGCGGGACCAACAGCCAAUGCAGGAGUCCCUUUCACUCCAUCAUCAAUAAUCAGUGUUUUGGCAGGAGCGAUUGUAUUGAGUGCUAUGUACUAAACAUCUUUCUUCUAUAUCUGUGUUGGAUACUCUGACAUGGACUUGUGUGUUUUAUUUACUGCAUAGGAAUCUUUCAGUUGUUUUUCCCUGCUCAGGAAGUCGUCGUCUACUUAUAAGGAUUGUAUUCUUGUAGAGUUUAUAUGACUGGUUGAUAAUGGCUUGAGUGUCUUG